UUUCUCUCGAGCCAUUGGACACACGUUCUCGGUAUCUUUGCAGUUCUUCCUGUUAUUGCUGGACAUUGUGCGGUUUAUAAGUUUUCAUUUUCUAGAAAUAGAAUGCGCAAGUGAUAUUCUGAUGCUUGUAGUGCAAAUGGUGUUGCUAUAACGGAAAAUGUUAAUAAUAUUUUUUUUCUCGUCCGUGUGUCAAGUGAGGCUGUGAUAUUAUGCUGCAAAGCUGUUAUUAGGAAAUAAAAAAAAAGGUCUAGUGCGUAAGUGUUCUUAUGGGACCUUGAACAGAACUGAUGCGAAGUAUUUUUGAUCUUAUGAAGUGAAUAAAGUUGUUAUGUCCGGUGAUGAAGGAAAGGUUACCUAAAAUAAUGAAAAUUCUCUUUAUGGUGGUCUUCGUAAUUUUCAUUUAUACAAGUACAAGAGGAGAGACGCCUGUACAAACAAAGUGGAUGAAGAAAUAAACAAAUAGUUCAUCUUGGAGAAGCCUUUUGAUUCAUGUCUAAAUGUGUGUUCUGGAAAGAAAUCCUAAAAGAGAGAAAAGAGAGGAUGGGUAAAAAGAACAAGAUCUCGGUACGCAAGUUAAACAACAGAUGAAAGAAACCCACUUCCAUAGUCAGUGCUUUAUAUCAUAAUCAUCUAUUAGUUCGUAGUUUGCACUGGAAUUUGACCUUCUUUUCUCAUUCUUAUUCGGUAGACUGAACAGUAUGCAACACUACUAUACGUAUCACGGUAUGCAUUUAAAGGAUGCUUGGAAGAUUUUGUUACAUAAAACGACACAUUUCAAAAGCUUCUCAUAGUUGAACAGUAAUUUAUCACCUUCAGCUUUCCCUGCCCUCUCUGCACAACCAUGAACUGUUAAUCGUAAACACUAGAGGCAGUUCAGGUUUGUCUUCUGAACCUCAUGAUGUAGACACCUCUGAUUUUUACAAAGCAAUUUCUCAUAAUGUAUGACGUUAGGAGAACACCAGUUACAUCUUUGUGAGAUACAGGACGUGCUCCAAGUUAAUGUAAGACACCUCGUGUUUGAGAAUAUUCUCCUUAGGCUGCAUUUCUGAACUUAACAUGAUGCCUCAUAGCCCCAUUUCAAGAACGGAUGGGGGCUCAGUGUCUGCCAUAAAACAUUUCAUCUUCGGUGGUGUCUUAGACUCCUCCUGGUAUUCGAACGAAGAAUCUGGGGGUGAGAACAAGAGAGGCAUUAAAAAUCAGGUGUUUCGAAGUCAGGUUCUCCGAUCUCAAGUUCUCAGGCCUCAGGUGUUCAAGUCCCAAAUAAUCAAGAGCAAAAUUAGUAGAUCUCAUAAAUUCGUCCCUGGCGUCAACGAGGACGAUGUUAAUUUCCCUAACAACUUAAGGCAGUCACCUUGUGAUUCAAGCCAAAGUGGUGCCACUGCGAGGUCUCCUGUAACUAAAGUCAUCAACUUUCGAUCGCCAAGUUUCCGAUCUGCAGAGAGUAAACUUAACGUAGAUGGCAAAAAUUCCCCCCAUUAUGGGUCGACGCCUAAUUUAACUCUGUCCUCAGAGGGGAACGAUAAAACUAGCAGUAACAACAUGUUGAUGGGGGCCGUUGGUGGCACUCUUCCACGGAAUUAUCACAGAGAUCAUGGCAGGUGGAUGCAAGAUGCCCCUUGUGACUCUGCCUCUUCUUCCGUUUGUUCUUACGUUCACCCAAAUAGUCUCACUUUAGAUUCAGGGUUUCUGUCAGAUUCCACUUGCCAAGAUUUUGAAAUUUCAGAGACGAAGGCUGACAGUCAGAACAGUCCCUCUCUCUCUCAACAGACGCAAGUUACGUCGGAAAGGGACUCCAGUUCAAGGAUGACUUUACACCAAGAUAACCCUACAUACGGGUGCAUCCCGGAAGCAGCUUCUACUCCCAUAAGCGCUGCUUCUAAACAAAAACCCUGUGCCCCCGAUCCUCCGCCAAAAUCACGCAAAGGUAGCCGUCAGACGAGCAGUGUCACUCUUAAGAUCGAGAACGGCCUCUUCGCAACGGUCAAAGAAACAAAAACGGGACGGGAAGGGCGAGCUCGGGACCGACGACCCCUGGAUCUCAGCACAGCACUUGCCGCCCCACCCCCACCCCCUAGUCUUAUUAUUGUCAAAAAGGAGAGACGGGAGGAUCACAAUCUUGACGAUGACAGUAACGCUGGUGGAUGGAAGACUGCUACUGUCACUAUGAGUGGCACUUUCUUGGCACGAUGUGUCAAGAUCGAGGACUUAAGCAGCAGAGACUCAGAAGAUCUUCGAGUGGAAGGUGGGCGGCAUCCCCCAGAACGGCGUGAAAGUGGGCGUUUCCCUUCAGCUGCUCGACUUCUGCGUUCCCUUGGACGCAAUCGAGAUGAUGAAGGGGGAGGUGCUAGGGCCAGGGACACCUCCGAACCUUCUUUAUCCAGAGGCAAUCCUCAUUACCAUUCGGAAGGCAAAGGCCUCAAGAAGAAGAACAACUGGACGUCAGAGCGCGAGUUGAAUUCUGUCAGUCCCACCCAGAAGGAGAGGAGUCACAGCUUUUGCGAGAAGACCGACGCCAAAAGGAGGUUUUCUUACCAUGAGAAUAAGGUGCUCAGGGAAGAGGCCAAGACCCGGCUGGAUCGCCAAGAGGAAGAAGGUCCUCUGCAAGCAGAUGGGACUCCUUUACCCUCAGAGGCGUCUCCAGUCCAUUCAGCCCUUUCCUCCACUAUAUCCUCCUCUGCCUCUCAGGUGCCGUCUUCGCCCACAACGCCUUGUGUGCCUUCGUCAGCGCAGCCCUUAAGUAACGAGAAAGGCGAAGAGAACAUUUACGAAAACUUGCCCGCUCAUAUGAACACCAGUGACACUGUGACUCUUAGUGCUUGCGACGGACAAAAACAACCGGACUCUGUCGAGCGCCUCCAGAACGAAGUGCAAACGGCGCGACCCCUGGAAAGGGCCGACAAAGAUCGUCGGUCUGUUAGAAAAUUAACGAAAGACUCGGGUUACGAGACUUCGCCAUAUAGUGAGGGUGAUUAUGCGAACAUAGACUUGUAUUCCGACGCGGACGCUCUCCCUGACGGAGAUGGCGACGACGUGACUCUGGCACCCGAGUGUGAGCUGGCACCGCCCUCUCCGCUCUUGGAAAGUGCCACUCAUAUUUCAGGCAGUUCUAGUCCAUCGAUACAGAACACGCCCACUUCUACGCAUCAACACUCUCCGAGCCAAUUAAGUAUUAGUGGAUCUCAAGAGAGACGGAGUUCGUGGCAGUUGCCUGGGAGCGGUAGCAGCAGUAAUAUCGCUGCAGCCGCCGUCAGCCAUCAACCAGAUCUUUGUGCAGCCAGGGGCGUUUCCCCUUCCUGUACCAGUUUGAGUUCUUCAUCGCAGGGGGCUUCGCACGAAGCGCGAUCAGAGGCUAAUAGCAAUACUAGUAACAGUAGAUUCGAGACCAGACUUGAAACCACAAGUAACAACACCAGUACUUUGACGAAGAGGAGUGCAAACACUGCCAACAAGUCUUCAGCCUCUCGACGGUCACCAUUGCCUCGCUAUCCAUCGGCCGAGAGUCUCAGCUCUUUUGCCGAAUCCCUAGUCAGUCCUGGAGGUGCUUCUUCCUCGUCACUUGUCCCUGCCAAGAGCACGCCCUCUCUUCAUCAGAAUGCCUCUGGCCAAGCUCACAACUUCUCCAUCAGACACUCUAGUGUGAACGCUGCUUUGCACGCCUCCAGGUCCACGCCAAACCUUGACGAUGCCGAAGAUGGCAGUAUGGUGACGAAAAAGUCCUCCAUGUACUCCUACCUUCAAGGUACUUCGUCCCCCUCGAGCAAGGGCGGCAUGGGUGGUUCUGGAGUCGUGGGUGGACGAUAUUGGGACGUCACUAUGGGUGCUGAUGAUACUCCUGACAGAGAGGACUAUGCUCACCAUCUUCGCUCCUCUUCCUAUCAGCUGCUACAUUCCCGCCAACUGUCUGCCCUCAGCUCAGGCUCAGCUGGUUCCUACCACAGCAGGCAACAUUCUAACACAUCAAAUUACAGUGAAACAGAUGAUCUUAGUCCUCGUGCAGACCUUUCUUCCAGCCAUAGUCACCAUAGUCAUCACCAUGGUAUAGACAGACCUAGGUUCUUUUCCUAUGAUAAUCUAGGUCCAGAUUCUGGUAGUCAUAAGUACCAUGGCUCUUGGAACAUUUCUGAACCGGAUUUAACAUCAGCUCCCCCUCCAUAUUCUCCUCCUGGACCUAAUUACCAGCAAGCUCCAACACCACCAUCAACAACAGCCUCUACAGUGAGGCAUUCCCCAACCUCUAAUUCCUCGUCUGGCCGCCAUCCAUCCUCUCCUCCCCCUCCCCCAGUUCGUGAUGCCUCUAGUCUAAAAUAUAUCAAGUAUGGACCAGGGCAUGAAAAAUAUCCCUCUUGGCCUGUUCCAGCUGCAUCUGCUAAUCAAGUAAUACAUCCAGGAUCAUCGCAUGAUGCUAAUGUGUCAGGUUUGCCAGAUUCAACUUCUUUAUCUCCAGCACCACAAGGCUCUCACCGUUCAAAAUCAUGGACAGAACAGUCAGAAUACCCGAAGGAAAAAGCUGGUGGCUAUGCUCGUCCAUUCAACAAAAAGCCUUCAAAUCAGGCAUACCAUAGACAACUGAAGACUGUUAUGGAGCGGUCAGAAAAAUUGCCAAAGGAAGUAUUCCAUAGUAACUUGAGAGAAGAGGUGUUUUCAGGUUCUGAUUACUCCUUCAUGGAUGCUUAUUGUAAGUCAAGUAGCUUUUACCCAUCUUAUGAUAGAGAUGGGCGUACUUUAGAUGACAAGGACUACAGGAGCCCUUCGCCACCUGAACGUGACAUAGGAAUGGGUGAGGCUACAUUUGGCCAAGUUACAGCAGCACAACUGGAAGAGCAUAGACGUCGUUAUGAAGACUACAAUUAUGACCUUAUAGGCACAACACCAUUGCUUGACCAAUUGCGCUGUGAUUCCUUAAUUUGGGAGGGUAAUACAGAAAGGGACUCGGUAAGAGGGGAAAGUGAAAGUGUAGCUGAUAGUUCUCGUUAUAGCAAUGGACGUGAAAGUGUCACUACUGUUGUAACAAAUUCUUCAUCUGCAUCCUCUUCAGAGACACUAAAGUGGCAUGGCUCUCUCUCAGAUAUCUCAAUUAUGUCAGGACAUUCUAGAGAUCCUAGAGCUGAUCAUAAUAUUGUGCAUAGUUCGCGUGUGCAGGCACCACAGCGGCACAACAGUGAAUCGGUGCUUUAUUAUGGUGCUGACGGCAGGGGAAAGCCUCCUCAUGGUAGACUUGGUCCUGAAUCCAGAGAUCAUAGGGAUCUUCGUCGAUCCAUUAGAGACACAGAAUCUGGAUAUCCUAGACCUUCAAGAGAAGGGAAGUGGAGUAGAGAAGUUGAGAGAAAUAAUGAGAUGAACAAUUUAAAGAAGUUUCCCUCAUAUUCUUAUACUCAACCACUUUCACAGAUAACGGAAGCCCCUUCAGCGGAGAUGAGGGAAACUCCUAGAUCUCCCACUCGCAGCAUGCAAAGCCCAACAGUGGAUUGUAGCAAACCUCCAUCUGUAGCUGAACGUAUUCAUGAGCUAGAAAGGCAGUCCAGGACCACGGUCUCUGAAAAUUCUACCCGGGGACCCCGUGAUCAGAGUAACUCAAGGGAAAGAGAUAACAGAGAAGUGAGAGAUCGCCGAGACUCGAGGGAAAGGGAACCACAAGAGAUGAGGGAGAGAGACUCAAGAGACUGUAAGGACAGAGGAACAAGGGAAUCUCGGCGGUCCCUAGAUGAAACUUGUUCUCAGGAGGUACAUGAACUUGGUCAGACACCAGAGGUUAGACCUGCUAGAGAACCUAGGGAUCCUAGUGAGACACGAGGUCAUCAGAGAAGAGGAUCUAGGGAUUCUCAGCGAGGAGACAUGAGGCUCGAUUUUUCACGCCUUGAAAAAGAACCACCAUCUUUGACUGGCAGUGAUACCCUUAGAUCUCCAACAACCCCUGGAUCUGCAGGCUCUACUUCUUCCAGAUCGCCUACUUCUAAAGAACAGGACAGUGGUAGGGCUUUUGUUCAUGAGAACUUCCAAAACAUCUUGAAUACAUUUACAGAAGUUGACAGAGGUGACCGCAUGGAUAGACUAAGCAGUAAUGUGUCAUAUUCAUAUUUAGACCCAGAGAAAAGGCGUAAAGUUCCAGAUGCCACCCUGAAGAGUAUACAGAAACAAGCUGUAAUGUCAUUUGUUUAUGAACGUCAUGGUGGUCGAGGUAUGACUGGCCAGUCAGUCAGUGAUCUCAGCUCUGCUAGCAGCCAGUCUAGCUUGAUAUCAUCUCAUUCUGCUCCAGAAACAACUCAAGCCAAGUGGAGCACUGUUCAACAGCAACACCCAUCUAAUCAGAAUAUGAGAACAGAUAAGUCUGGUAAAGCUGGCAAGGGUAUGGCGCGAUUGGGUCGAGUACCAGAAAGUGAGGGUGACGAACAGACUGUGCGUCAUUCAAGACGUCGCUCCAUGAGUGGACGUGAUUCUGGCAGUGAAUGUGGCACUGAAGACCUCUCCCGGGGAGGUUCCCAGCGCUCGUCACUUGCUUCUGAUGCUGCAUCAUCAAGGGGAGAACAGCCCCCAGCUUUUCCACAAAAGCAGGCCCAACAGCAUCCCCAUCCAGAGGUUGUAGCAAGAUCUUCGUCUACGUCGUCUGCUCAUUCGACGUCAGCCAAUGAGGACCCUAAACCCACUGAAGAGGCGGAGCCCUGCAGAGAUGAUGACGGUGCCUCCCGUGCUUCAUCAACCAGAGGUCUGUUGGAAGGCGUUUUGGCCUCGUCAGAUGCCAUCGCCACCCACGACCCUCCCCUUCCCCCCUCGCUUCCCCCGCCCACGCCAGACGAACCACCCCCACGACCCCCUGAACGCCCUCCCAAGAAGCCCAACUUGCGAUCUCUAUUCCAUGGGCAGACCAGCACUGCUUCUGGCCCUCAUCCCAAUGCCCUGUCCCCUCUGGCCACCGCCAAUGGCCUCCUCCCCCACACGGAGAAGACCAGCCCCGACUCGGAAAUGCGGAGGAUAGAGGAAUCGGCCAAUGAAUUACGGAACUUACCUUUGGCCAGACCUUAUAAAUACCGCAAACCUCCAGCUCCCGACCCGCCCAAAUCUCCUGAAGCGACGCCGACAGCGUUGCCGAAAUCGACCACAUCACCCGUAGCAGUUGCCACCGCCGCCGCCGCCGCCGCCGCCGCCGCUCCCACGCCGGCGUCGCUCAGGCAAUCAAGGUCCUCACCAGAUACCCGGUUGCAUGCGCCCUCCUCCCUUCACGCCUCUCACUUGGUGCCACCAACGAGUCCUGUAUCCAGGUCAUCCACACCUGACCUGCCUCCCCCUCCCCCUCCUCCACUCACGGACGGCGAGGUGGUAGUCAACGACGAACCACUGCCACCUCCGCCCUCGGAAGUGGCUGCUCCACCCCCAGAUGUGCCGCCUUUGCCGCCCGACUCCCCGCCUAGGGAGAUGCUGACGGCAACGCCGCCCCCGGUUCCCAGAGAUGCUAACAAGUCCAUGAUGACUCCACAGACCUACCAUAAGGACUCGUACAUGGCCCAUCGGCGAGACUGGAAGACAGGUUUCGAAGGACGUUAUCGGAGGACAAUCUCUCCUUCAGCGGCAAAUCGGAAUCUUCUCUACAACAGAGAUGACAAUACGAAUAACAAUCAGAGCAAUGCUUCGAAUAAUAACAAUAAUAUCAACAACUCUUCCUCGUCAGCCACAUCUACGAGUCCUCUACCGCUGCCACCCCAAGAACAGCAAGAAAGGAGGAAUUCUUCAACGCCACCUGGAGGGGGAACUAUCCUUAGGAAUCACUCCACAUCCAACCUAGUGCAAACCAACAACUCUAAGAAUGCCAAUGACUACGACAGCAGUGUUAAUAAUAACGGUUGGACUUGUCAUGGCCAUACAACCUCAACGACAGUCAACUUCACAGCGGAAGAGCUACGGGCGUUUAAAGCCCGCAGGGCGCACGCUCACAUUCAGGAUGCUGGUGCCCUCCCGUUGGAGAAAGAUGGUGGUGGGCGGCCCCUCCAUACAUCACAGUCUUCACCGGCUUUAUCAUCUGCUUUGCGUUCGGCAGCCAGUGAUGGUUCUACUACGUCUUUAGCAAGUGGUGGUGGUGGUUCGUCGCUUUCCUCUGGUCACAGUGGUUCGGGGUCUCCCACGAAACUUAGUCCAGCUUCUUCGUUGAGGGCAUCAGUCGAUUCCCUUCAUCGACCUUCUUCUUCCACAUCCACCAUCACUUCACAUUCCCCUCGACCCAUCACCAGAGCCACCAGUUUAGUAGAUCCCCUACAUCCUCCAGAUGAUUUGUCUGUGGCGCGGUCAAACAGUAUGUCACAAGAGGCCAUCCAUUUUACCAGCACUGCCAGUAUCAAUGAGUCUCUUUCUCGCAUUUCGGCCAUUAAUGACUCCUUGAGUCGGUCAACCAGUAUGGCAGAAUCACUCUGUCGCUCCACAAGUGUCACAGAGGCACCUUCUGUCGCGCCAGCGGGCCCACAGAUCCACGCCCAUAACGCUAGUGAGACCGCUUCCCCCUCCUCCUCCUCUUCCCCUCCACACCAGUCUAGUCCAUCGUCAGCUCCUGCUGCUGCCUCCACGGUGCCUACUGCGCCUGCUUCACCAACAUCGCCUGUGCCCCACGACGGGCCCAUCACAGCUCAUCCCGCAACAGUCACAGAGGAAGUGUCCCCUGGCCCUCCCCCUCCGCUCACCAUCUCCAAUAAAUCCUUAACGACAAAAUCACCGCCUUCACCCAAAUCUCCCCUCGCCAGCAAGUCCCUCACCCCUGUUUCUCCCCUCUCGCCUAUGUCCCCUUUCUCUUCCAAAUCUCCAGUGUCUUCCACGUCGCCAGUGUUGUCCCCAACUUCCUCCAAAAUGUGUGCAUUCCCUAGUGUAAGUAAUAGUAAUAAUAGUAGUGUUAGUAAUAAUCCGUCAUCGACAACUCUAGCGGUCACGUCGAGCCUAGACACCACCACUACGGCAACCACCACACUUUCUUACCCAAUCACCUCGCCCUCCAUGUCCCCGGCUACUUUACCCGUGGAUCACAGUAUCAUUGUCUUGAGUUAUGGCAGAACGAGAUACCAAGAGGAGAUAGAUUGUGACCUACUCUCUAAGGACUACGGGCCGCAGCUCACCGUCGACUCCAAACUCCUCGCCUUACUGGCGCCUGGCCCAGAAUACAAAACUGCUGCUCAUUAUAUGCAGGGAGUGUUUAGCUUAGAGCUUAGGAAAGAUUUCAUCUCUAGUACCCACGCCCAACACCCUGAUCUCUCCCACAUCCACCAGAACUCUGCCAUGCCUCCCAACACCAGCACGGCAACCAACGGUGUCGCCAAUACAAGCAAUGAAAAGGCACCUUUGCCCUCUGAUUCGGCAUACUUCACUACGUCUGAGAGUAAAGCUAAACUUCUUACCCGAUUGAGGGGCAACGGCAGUAGCCUCCAGGAUGGUGUCCCGACUGUUACCGAUCAGCAGCAACUCCACAAGAAAAAGGAAGAACUUGUGGCAAGUAUUGGUAGGAAAUUAGAAAUUCUGCGUGCAGAACGUGAGGCCAUAAAAGAAGAGAUGCGUUUAAAUCAAGAGUUGGGAAGUGAAGUUACCUCUUUGGUUGAAGAAAGAGCUCGACUAGCAGAGUCAGAGAAAUAUAAACUUCAUGUAGAGGAAAUCGACAAAAUUACUUCCCUUUUGCUUGGCUUAUCGGGAAGAUUAGCUCGGGCAGAAAAUGCUCUUAUGCUCUCAAAGGAAGCAGAUCCUGAGGAACGGCGCAUUUUGGAAGGCAAGAGAGAUAAGUUGAGUGAACAGCUAGAAGAAGCUAAGCGGCUCAAAGAGAAUAUUGAUAGACGAGCUAUACAGGUAUCAAAGGUGCUAAAUCAGUACUUAAAUGAAGACGAGUAUGCUGAUUAUGAUCAUUUUAUCAAGAUGAAGGCCAAACUUAUUAUGGAUGCUAGAGAAAUCGAUGAUAAAAUCAAGCUAGGUGAAGAACAACAACAGGCGCUCAUCGAAACAAUAUGCAAAAAGUAACGAAUUAUGUACUUUUGAUAUGGUGGGAGUUGUUUCAUAGAAAAGAACAUUGCAAAAAUUGUCAUAAACAUUUCAUGAAGCUGCUCAUCAUUGACUCCUAUUAUGUGAUAUGUGUAAAAUUUACCACAAAUAUGCUACAAACUUCUUAUAUAUAUAAAAAAGACAGUUUUAAUACUGCUACAUCGUAAUAUGAUAAUUUUUAAGAAAAUAAUGUGGUGCAUAGUUGAAGAGCAUUAGCACUUCCAACAUUUUGUGGCAUAUAUACUUGAAACCAGCAUUUGACAGUUUGAAUUGUGAAGUGACAUGAGCUUGCUGGUAAUAAUCCUAUAUUGUGAUGUACAUCUCAUUAUUUAUUUAUGUGCGAUAGUUAAGUGAGAAAUGAGUGAAGCACAUAACUGUAUAUUGUAGCCAGAGUUUUAUUUGAGGAUUCACUAUCUUUGCAGCACUCUGGUGUUGCAGGAUCUUAACUUAUAUUAAUAUAUAUAGUGGGCACUUAUAUAAAUUCUGAAAAAAACGGGCAUACAUUCAGUGUAAUUUUAGGUUAUUUAAUGUUUAGUUUUUUUAUUUCAGUGUUUUUGUUAAAUGUUAUGUUUGUUGACAGUGCAAUGAGUACCAUGGCAAUUAUCAGGUUGUCAUGCAUAUCCUUUUGAACAGAAAACAGCUCGCCUUUUAUCGUAAGGAUUUAAGGAAGAGUUUGUUUGAAUGUAUGUUUACCACAUAUACCAUAUUCAUUAAGGUUUAGCUAAUCCAUAAAUAAAUACACCUCGUACCAUUUGGAAGUUUACUACUACAUACUUACUUCAUGAUCUGGCUUAUUUCAAGGGAUGGAACUCAAAACAGUGCUGUUUCAUUUUUUCUUUAAAUUGUUUUUUUUUUCUUUUUUUAUACUUUUAUGUUACAUGAUGCUUGAAUGCUAGGUAUGUUUGGGUCAGUCGUUUUCAUCUUAUAGCCACAGAGUGCUUGUGCCCAUUUUUUGUACACAGCUGUGCUUAUCUUGUCUUGAUACUGUCUGCUGUCUUGUCUAACUCUGCUUCAAUUAUGUAAGAAACCAAAUGGUUUUGAAGGUUGGGCAGCACAACCCCAUUAGUUGAUAUUAUAGUACCCUAAAUUGCCCACAACAGGCAGCUGGACAAAUUUUUUUUUAUUUUGACUAGCAGGCCCACAUUUACAGUGAUGAAGUCUGUGUGUGUACAUGACAGACAUAAAAAUCUGCCAUGUUAAGAAUUAUUAGUGCCACAUUGUACAUAUUAGUUGUUUAAUGGAUGCCAAAAGACCGUCCUGUUCCUUUCUAUCUGUACCUACUAACUUUGCCUACAGAAAAUAUUGGUUUUAUACUCUAAGACUAGUUGCAAAGCAACUGUUUGUUGUACAGUAGCGCUUGUUUAUAAUGUACGCCAAAUUCUAUCUUUCUUCUCUGAAGAAAUAAAAUAUGAAAUUUA